GAACUGUGGGUGGACGACGAGAGAUUGUCGAGCGGUACGCUGCUUGGUAACGCGUUCCCAUCCCGGCCUGGCGGUCUCUACCUGGCGGGUGUCGGACAGCCGGACGCCAUGCGGAUGUCACGGUUUCCUCUCAGACACUUCACCGGCACUCUCUCUGACGUCAUUAUCGAUGCGCAAUUGAUCGGUCUUGAGAGCGCCUUGAACUGGAGUGGAGCCCAGCUCGGUCGCGAGGACAGCGAGCCCCGGAUCCAGCCCAGAACCGAACCAAGAGCCUUGCAGUCGCAACAACAAGACAACGGAUGUACUAAAACGAUGUCGUACACGGUGGAGGCGGGCGCCGUGAAGUUCGGCGACGGGCCGCACAGCCACGCCGUGCUCCGGCUGAAGAAGCGCGGCCGGGACAUCGCGGUCACCCUGCAGCUCCGCACCUACGCCACCGAGGGACUGCUGCUGCUGGCCCCGGGUUCAAAAGCAAAACCGAAGCAUUACAUAGCAGUGAUGCUGCGAGAUGGAAAGCUGCGUCUCGUGAUCCGCGGCAGGAAGAGGAAGGAGAUAGCGCUGAACACCUUCGUAUCGGACGGCACUUGGAGAUCUCUCUCCAUACGCUAUGCGUCCGGCCGCGCUCACGUGAAGUGCGGCGGGGAGACGGGGGCGGGGCGCGGGGGGCGGGCGCACGUGGCCCCCCGCCUGUACGUGGGGGGGCUGCCCCCCUACAGCGACACGUCCGACUACACGCUGCCCAACAACAUCGUCCGCGUGGGCGGGUUCGUGGGGUGCGUGCGGCGCGUGACGGUGGGGGGGCGCGCCGAGGACCUGGUGCGCGACAGCAGGACGCACCACCACGUCGGACAGUGCUUCCCCAACAUUGAACCGGCCGCCUACUUCUCUGGUGACGCAUAUGCAUCUCUGCGGCACACGUGGGGGGCCGGGAGCGGGUCCGACUCGGUCACCGAGCUUCGGCUGCAGUUCAGGACCAGUGAACCCAACGGCGUGCUGUUCGCGGGAGGCGACUUCCUUCUAGAGAUCAAGGACGCUACGGUGGUGCUGAGUCGCGGGGGCGAGGAGGAGGCGGGGUUGGGGGUGCGCGUGCAGGGCGGCGCCGCGCUGUGCGACGGGUCGUGGCACGCGGUGCGCGCCUGGCUGCACGCGCGGCCCGCGCUGGCGCUGGACGGGGCGCCGCGCGUGGACGGGCCCGCGCCCGCGCUGCUCGACAUCGACGAUUCCGCCCCGCAAACACCCACCGACUACUACAUAGGAGGCUGGCCCGAAGGCGUAAUGGAGUCUGCGGAAGGCGGGAAGAAUUUUAAGGGUUGCAUCCGUGACGUCAGCAUCGGAGGACACAAACGCGAUUGGAACAAAAUGGAUACUUUGCAUAAUGUUCUACUCGACUCCUGUCCUGUGCAACAAUGAAUUCAUUUCAUUAUUAAGUACAUAUUUUAAAAUUUUGCAUAAAACACAAUAUGUGAGAACGAAAACACACAGCCCCUGAUCGAAAAAAUAGCAUUUUGUUUUUUCGUUAGAAAAAUAUUUUAUGUUUUUCUGAGGUCUCGAUACAACUAUAAUUUUUAAGCAAACGAUUUAAAGAAACUUUUUCCUAAAAAUAUUUGCAUCCUUUGCAUAACAAAUUAGAAACAUUUAUUAAUUUAAAAAAGUUGAAAUCUUUAAUAUCCGAUCUUAUUUACUUUAUCGUCGAGAUAAUAAAGCGUUCUUAAUUCGUACGUAUUGUUUCUAAAUAUCUCUAAAUACCACAUAAAGACUGCACCUAAUAAAAUAAGGAAUGUGCCAUUUUAAAGUGCCACAAUCACAUGUUGUAAUUUUUUAGAAGUCUGUAGGUAGUCUGAGUCGCAAAUGGUCCAGUGUUGAACACAAACCUCUGGUAUAGGUUAAUAGAGUGACCAGUAGAAGUUACAGGCGAUCCAAACCGACCAUGUUCUUCUUUAAUAAAAUAAUUUUAAAGCUGUUUCCCAGAUACAAAAGCAAAUCACUUUGUGUCAGUGGGAUAAUACCGGUAAUAUUUUGACCAUAUAAUUGUACAUUAAUUACGAUGUAACAUUUGAUUUUAUAAUAUAGUACACAAGUUUCUUAAUAUAUAGAAAUGUGAUUAUUAUUCUAAAAUGGCGACAGAUGGAGACGAAAAUACUCUAAAUAUGAUAAAAUAACAUAAUCACUAUGACAAUUUAAACAACAAAUACAAUGAUUUAUUGUCAUUAUAUUACAAAUUGACAUUAGUUAAAAACUUAAGCAAUAAAAACAGAGUUAAUUUUUAAAGUUCAUAGGCGAUUUUAGGUAUGUGUCACAAAAUAUUGAGGCUAUUGUAAAUAUUUAUGAAUUAAUAAUAUUUAAAAUAGCUAUUUAACGUUUAAUACUCACUCAUAAUGAAUAAGUAUUCACCAGUAUUCACGUAAAUGUAAUUGUAAAUAAAUUAAUUUUAACCGUUGUGUACAUAACUUAAGAAUAUUUUUAAGUUUUUGCAGAAAAAACAAAAUUAAUGAUGAUCAUAUUUUAGACUGGAUUUUGUAAUAUCUAUGAAAGUGUCUGAAGUGCGAUUAGGUAUUAGUAUUACGUAGAGGACAUAAUAAAUAAAUAACGACAGUCUUUAAGGGCAGUAUGUAGUAAUACUAAUAUCUUGUUCGCACACUUCAUUAAGAAAACCAUUAACGUGUGAUUCUUUUUAGUUUUCUACUAUGGGUUAUAUUGUAUUAUAGAUACCCAUUUAAUUUACAGUUCGAUGCGGACGUAUUCUUUGUGACUUCAAAUUCGCUCUUUCUUUUUUUUUCGGGUGAACGAGCUCACGACGAACCUCAUUUAAAGUGGUUACCGUUUCACAAUGCAAAUUCGGAACUUAUCAUUGUAACACGUCAAAUAGCCAAAAAUAGACACAAUAAUGAUAUUAUCUACCCACCCCGGUUUCCGGUCGCAGUAUAGUGAUAUAGUCCAGUUUAUUAGUAGUCCGGAUUAGUCCGGAUUUUAGGACACUCACCAGAAGUAAUGCGCUGAUGUUCUAUUAUAUCCCUAUAUUUACAAUAGCUAUACAUCUCCUUUGAUGUUAUUGUACUUACGUGAAUUAUUUGAUAAGGCACUACGAAUUUGAAUCCAAUUUGAAAUUGAAUCAAUUGAAUCUAUUUAUUUAUGCGUGAGCUAUUCACAGCUCACAAAACUUCAGGCGGCAAAGCUUGAUAAAGGUUUCACUUUAUUUAGAAUAUAGCUGUUAGUAUGCCGGUAAUAUAUUUUUCCUUCAUGCACAUUCACUCCUUAAGCAAGGGUAGUCCUAUUCCUACCUAUAGAUAUUCCUACCUACAUAGUACGAGUAGGUAUUCCUAGAGAUAUCUGCGUUUGGUAUUAGUAAAAAAAACAUGAAGUUCUAGAAAAGGCGGGCUGUUCGUAUUUUUUUUAAAUCCAGCCUUCAAGAUAUUAGCGCCACAACCCAGAGCUACUAGUUUACGCAUGUAUCAAAAUUAUCCCGGCGAGGACAGAUUAUUUAUACUUUUAAAUAGAAUAAAUUGAUGUUAUUUUAAAGGCACAAUAAUUAAACGGAAGCAUUUAAAUACCUAUCUUUGUUUAUCGUUAGUCAGUCAGAUGUAUUUUUUUGGUUAGAAUUAAGUUUUUUUAGCAAAAAAGUUCUUGCAAUGACAAAAACGAAAAUUGACAGUUGUAAUUUAAAGUUUUAAAUCGAUAGCACGUUACAUUUAAAUCUAAAUACUAAACUGAAGUUUUCAAGAAUCGAAGAAAAUGUUUAUACAUUAACUGUUCACAUCUUACAACUUAAAAUAUUUUGUACAUAGGUAGGUAUGACGAUAUUAGGUCAAUAUAUUUUUUCAAGCUCGUACAAUUUUUGUACCUCCAACUAUUUUGUUUGCCAAAUUUUUUGGUUGUUUUACUUCUAUGUCAACCUAAACUUUUUGUAAAUGUCAAAAUAAUUGUCAGUCAAGUUUUUGCAAUUGUAAAUAAUCUGAAACUAUAAAGGGCACAGCUUUAAUAGUUAAACUAAUCGAUUAUGUGUUAUGUCACAAAUUAAUUUAUUGCUUUUUUCGUGUUCAAUAAAAAAAUAAACAUUUUGUAAAUAUGAUUUCUGU